GAGUAAACUUGACAAUCAAGUCAGUGUACACCAGUAACCCGUGUUGAACGGACGUGUGAUCCGACGACUAAAAUCAGCAACAAUGAUAACAAAACUUAUACCGAGUAUUAUUAUACUGUUAACAGUUGGAGAUAUUUAUACUUAUCCACAAUGCAGAAUGCCAAACGGUUAUACAGGGGAAUGUAAAUACUUGGAUAAAUGCAAGCCAUUAAAAGAAGUCAGCGAGAAAAAAGCGAAGACAGACGAUGAAUUAUUAUAUCUUCGGGAAUCAUCCUGUGGGACUACGAGUAAUUAUUUAUAUAAGGUUUGUUGUCCGCUGCAGUCGGAAUGGUCCAAGAAAUUGAACCUCAAACCUAUACCAUUCCCCGAAAUCAUUAAUUAUCUUGCCGAACCGGGAAGUAACGGAACACGUGAAAAGACCAGCGAUGACGCACCGACCAGCGUACUUAGAGAGGGCAACAAACAGAACGAAGAAUGCGGUGUAGACGUAUCUGCACCUAAGAUAAAUAGAGAUUACGGUACUGCUGCUAUCGACGAGUACCCGUGGCUCGCACUUUUAGAAUAUCGUUUCGGUCGCAUCAUAUGCGGAGGAAGUCUGAUCUCGCCCAACUUCAUACUGACAGCUGCUCAUUGUAUCGAGACUACGCAUGGAAAACCUGCCAACGCCCGUCUUGCCGAAUACAACGUGACGUCAUACCCCACAGACUUCGUAGAGGUAGAUGGUGGAGCCACAGAAAGGGUCACCGUCUCUCUGAUAGCGGUACAGUGGAGUGAGAAGCAUCCUCUAUUCGACAAGAACACAUACCAGCACGACAUAGGACUGGUGAAGCUUGCUACGCCUGCUGAAAAUUCAGAUUUCAUCCGUCCAAUUUGUUUGCCACGAUACAAUUUCGCAAAUCAAUUCGACGCCACCACAAACUUCAUAACCGCCGGUUGGGGGGUCAAGAGUUCUAUAAACAACGAUGUGAAGAUGGAGGCCAAAUUACCUUACAUGCCGAUACCCACAUGCAAACGGACUAUAUCUACAACAUCACUAACAAACAAACAACUAUGUGCUGGAGGUAACAACGAGAGAUCCGACUGCGUUACCGAUUCUGGUGGACCUUUGAUGUUUGAAUCAGAAAAUUACUACAUGAUUGUCGGUGUAGCGAGUUAUGGACCUGCUAAUUGCAAGGACGUACGUGAACCAACAGUGUAUACUAAUGUCUAUGAAUACUUAGAUUGGAUUGACACAUUAAUGACUUAAGUUUGAAAGACUGUAUCUUAGAUGAAGAGCUUGUAACGAUCGAUGCAUGCAAUCGAACACACCAGAAAAUUGGGUCAAACUUAGAGUAUCCUAUUUCCAAAAGCAUUUUGCCUAAUUUAUUUAUGGUGUAACUUAUAAUAAUCAAGAAUUUAUAGACUAUAAUUAAGAGCAGACGAAAUAAAAUUCAAAAUCAA